AUGAAGAGCUUCAGAAAUGUUUUCUGUCUUCUCUUCUUUCACACUGCUCUCGGCCUGGAACGUGUCCGGUGGUGCGUGGUCUCUGAGCAAGAGCUUUCCAAGUGUAAAGACAUGAGUGCAGCCUUUGGUGGGGCUGGCAUUCUUCCCCCUCUGGAGUGUACAGAGGGGGGGUCAGCUGCUAACUGUACCCAGAUGGUCAAGGAUGAUUUGGCAGAUGCAGUGACAGUGGAUGGCCGUUUGAUUUACCAGGCUGGAAAGGAGCAUGGUCUGAAACCUGUGGUUGGGGAAGUGUAUGAUCAAGAGAUUGGAACUGCCUAUUACGCCGUGGCUGUGGUGAGGAAGAGCUCCAACAUCACCAUCAACAGCUUGAAGGGUGUCCGUUCAUGUCACACGGGGAUCAACAGAACUGCAGGCUGGGAUGUGCCAGUGGGUUAUCUAAUUGACAGUGGGCGCCUGGCAGCAGUGGGAUGUGACCUUCCAAAAGCUGUAAGUGACUAUUUCAGUGCGAGCUGUGUUCCUGGAGCAAAUGGCAUAAACUAUCCCCAGUCCCUCUGUCAGCUCUGCAGAGGGUCCCUGGCUGGGCAGAACAAAUGUGAGCGAAACUCCCGAGAGCGAUACUACGACUACAGUGGGGCUUUCAGGUGUUUGGCUGAAGGUGCUGGAGAAGUCGCUUUUGUGAAGCACAGCACAGUGCCUGAAAAUACAGAUGGAAGGAGUCUCUCUCCGUGGGCGCAGCGGCUCCGCUCCCGGGACUUCCAGCUCCUGUGCCGCGACGGCAGCAGGGCGGCCGUGGGCGAGUGGAGGAGCUGCCACCUGGCCCGCGUCCCAGCCCGCGCCGUGCUUCUGCGGCCCGACGCAGAUGGGACAGUUCUCUUCCAGCUCCUCAACCAAGGACAACAAAGAUUUAAUGGGGUAGGCACCAAGUUUCAGAUGUUUGACUCGGCAGCCUAUGGUGCCCAGAAUCUUCUGUUCAGAGACUCCACUACAGAGCUUGUUGCAAUCACAGCUCAGAAUUACCAGGCAUGGCUGGGUGACAAGUAUCUUCAUGCCAUGCAAGCCCUGAGCUGCAGCCCCAAAACAUUGCCAGAAAGCCUGACCUGGUGUGUUAUAUCCACUGAGGAGAUUUGGAAAUGUGGUGAAAUGGCCGUUGCCUUUCAGAAAAAGAAUUUGAAACCAGCAAUUCAGUGUAUUUCAGCUAAGACAAAGGAACAGUGCAUGGAGCUGGUGCAGAAAAAGGAAAGUGAUGCUGUAGUUCUGGGUGGAGCUGAUAUUUACACAGCUGGGAAGACAUAUGGCCUUGUACCAGCUGCUGGAGAAAGUUACUCUGCUGAUGACACCAGCAGUGCAUACUAUGCUGUGGCAUUAGUGAAACGAAAUGUGUCCAAUGCAUUCACCAUCAGUGACCUGAAAGGGAAGAAGUCCUGCCACACGGGACUGGGGAGAACUGCUGGGUGGAAUAUCCCCAUCGGGCUGCUGCUUAGGAGGGGUGUUAUUAAGACCAGAGACUGUAAUAUUCCUCAAGCUGUGAGUGAGUUCUUCUCUGCCAGCUGUGUGCCCUCAGCUGCGCGGGACGGUUACCCGUUCCGACUCUGCCAGCUCUGUGUCGGAGAUGACAGUGGGAACAGUAAAUGCAGCGCGAGCAGCCAGGAGCGUUACUACAGCUACCGCGGGGCCUUCAGAUGGCUAGCUGAAAGAGCAGGGGGAAGG